AUGGCACAGGACUUGGUAAGUUGGAUUGAACGGAGGAAAAAUAAGCUGGAGAAGCGUGAAUUUCAACACUACUGCUCUUGUUGGGCUGGUGAUAAGGCUUUGAGGGAGCUCCAAGAAGCCAAUAUUUCACAGCAGUGCUUUCCAACCUUGCUGGAUUGUGCUACAAAGGCAAUCAAAGCUGCUACAGAUAAAGAAGCAGAGGGCUCUCAUUUAAGUGGCAUGUCAGUGGUAUUAUUGGAAGGGUUUUUCUCUUCACUUACGUAUUUCUUUUCAAGAAAUGGAUGUCAUGUAUCCGAUUUUCAGCUUGCUUUGCAGCGAUCUGUUAAAAAAGAUGGAAAUGUUGCAUUAAAAGAAUCCACUGAUAGUACUAUUGCAACCAUUGUUGAAAAGUCAGGUGACUGGACACAUACUUUAAGUUUGUGGUGCUUGAAUCCAGCAGUCGUAUUCAGAGAUGUAGCUAAUCUUUCUUUGUCAGUCAUUUUAACAUCAGGGACUUUGUCACCAAUGAAUUCUUUCUCGUCCGAACUUGGGGUUCAGUUUGGAACUUGUCUGGAAGCUCCGCAUGUAGUUGAUGUUGAAUCACAGGUGUGGGUUUCUGUAAUAUCCACCAGUCCCGAUAAUUAUCCAUUGAAUGCAAGUUACAAAACAGCAGAUAGUUAUACCUUCCAGGAUGCUCUUGGCAAAUCUUUGGAGGAAACCUGCAAGAUUGUUCCUGCUGGAUCUCUUGUGUUCUUCCCAAGCUAUAAACUGAUGGAAAAGCUGAGCAAUCGUUGGCGUGAAACGGGUCAAUGGUCACGAUUAAAUGCAAGAAAGCCCCUCUUUGUUGAGCCUAGAGGAGGAAGCCAGGAGGAUUUUGACUCAAUUUUGAAGAGUUAUUAUGACUGUAUUCGUCAAGGCAAAAGACCUGCUCUUGAGAGAAAGAGAAAGGUAAAAAAAAUGGAUGCUGGUCAAUUAAACGAACCUGAGUUGACCAACAAUUCUAAGAAAGAAGGUGCUGCUUUUCUUGCUGUUUGUCGAGGAAAGGUUUCAGAAGGAAUAGACUUUUCUGAUGAUUAUGCUCGGGUUGUUGUAUCCUUUGUGCUGUUUGAAAUAAAAUUACUGCAGUUCUCUGGGAUAAUAAUGGUCCCUGCAGUUGGUGUUCAAUGGCAUUUUAAUAUCAUCACCCUCUGUCUUAUUGAAUUUGAAGCACUAUUUCUUUUCGACAUGGAUGAUUGUUUAUCUUUGACUAUCAAUAUCUCAGAUAGUAGUUGGCAUUCCAUUUCCAAACAUGUAAGAAUUCUUACAAGAUAUGAUAUUAAAGUUGGUUUGAAGAAGAAACAUAAUGAUACAUACAAAACGCCCAAAAACCUUCUCAGUGGAAAUGAGUGGUACUGUCACCAAGCCUUUCGAGCUCUCAAUCAAGCUGUUGGACGCUGUAUACGGCAUGAGCUUGACUAUGGAGCCAUCAUCCUAUUAGCAGAUGAGCGUUAUAAGGAAGAGAGGAAUAGAGUGUACAUCUCAAAAUGGCUAAGGAAUUCAAUUCGACAGUACGAUAGCUUUGACAUGUCUCUAGAAGGAUUAAGAUCCUUUUUCAGGAAUGCCAAGGAGAAGGUUGGCAAGAAUAUGGCGGAUGUCUUACUGAAUUCCGAUGCUAAAGAGGAAAAAAAUAUCUCUCAUAAGGAUCCAAUGAAACAGCACACAAGAAACAAAAGUCAGAAAUCGAGCAAGUCUGAUCAGUAUGGAGAGACAGUUGUCUCUUUGACAAAGUGUGAGGUUGUUGCUUUAAAACUGAAGUCCCACGCUGAGGUUGAAGUACAAGCUUCUAUUCAAAUAGAUGAGGACAUGGAAAGUUGUAAAGAAAUCAUUGACCAAGAAUGUGAUUCUCUUAUAGGUUCAAGGUGCUCUGAGGUAUCUUCCUAUGAAGAUCCCGAAAUAACCCUUGUCAAGGAAACCCCCGGCAUUGGUGACAGAGGAGCCUCAGCUAGUCCAGGAUCCUUCUCAAAGGAUAGCAACUCUAGCUCAACCAUGAUUCCAGCCCUUAUGGAGCUUACAGAUCAAGAGGGGUUAGUCUCUUUGGUGUCUGUGACAAACCAAAGCGCUGCUCCAGACAAAACUCGGUAUUCAAUUGAAGUUACUCCUGAAAAGGAGUUAACUGCAAAUACCUGCAACCUGAGACCAGAAGUAGAGUCAUCUUUGAAUUUAAGUGUUAAUUCUCAUACACAAAAAAGGAGGAAGUCCAUGGACUCAUCAUUAAUAAACCUUAUAGGAAAACAAUCUGAUAUCUCCUAUGCCGAAACUCCUGGCUGUAUUAGUUUCACCAGAAGCUCAGUUACUAAUGGAGACAUCAAUCGCAGGAUUGAAUUUGAUUUGGAAACAAACUGUACAGGACAUCAAUCUAUGAAGUCCAAUGCUUCUCAAUUGCUGCCACAUACUUUUGGUACUUUAUGUGCAUCUUCUGAUUCUCACAUGGACAAGAGAUUGCAAAUUUCUUGCUCCCUCUGCAAAAGCCAAUUGGGUCGUCCUGAGAACAACCUGUAUGUUGGGUGUGCAUUGACUUUUUCAUCAAAGGUUCACUUAGCAUCUCUUGUGAAAGAAAGAUUGGAGCAUUGCUCCGAGAACACAUCAUGUAUACCAGUUCUCAUGACCGACAUCUCAUCAGUUGAUCAGCAUGUCUGUAAUGGUACUCUUCAAGAUGCCCAGCGAAAAGGAGUUUGGUGUGAAGAAGAUGGCUGUGUUUUCAACUCCAUUUUUUGCCCUUUUUGCAGUACGUCUAACUGCCUUGGAGUGCAAAUCAUGGCAGCAGAUGCUUCAAAUGUUCAGUUACUUAACAAGAUAUUAUUCUAUAUGGAUCGUCUGGAAAUUCAGAACUUUGAAGCAUUGAAGGACAUAGAACCUAAGGAUAAGGAUUUGUUGCCAGUUACCUGCUCUAGCAUGGAUAAAACUGCCGUCUUGAACUCCCUUGAUAAAUUUGCAUAUUCUCCGCAACAGAAUUCUGGAGCCUCUGGAGCCUGGAGGACUACAAAGUCAAAGGUGUGUGAUUUAGAAAUGCGUUGA